AUGACUGUAGGUGGUAAUAACUGGAGCAUGUGGCUGCGAAUGUCACGGGUCCACCUCAGGCAGAUCACAAAGUCUCUUGACCGAACGCUAAUCGUGUUGAGCCAUGGGAAGUUCCCCCUUCGAUAUAAUCACAAUAUUUUUAAUACUUGGUGGAAGAGCCUGUUUGAUGCUUCUGUAGCCUUUAGAAGGGCAAACAGCUUUAAUGCGUCCCCUUUUACAAGGAGAGGAAUCACAAUAUUUGACCGCUUCAAGCCUGUCGCCAAUGUCAGCAAAUUUGCUACCUUGCCCAGGGUGCCCAAAGGUACCCCAAGGGGCUUAUUUACCAACUGGAAUAUGACGACAUCAAAGAAAUUACUAGGACAGAGAGCUUAUUCUACUUCUAGCAUCAAAUUUACCCAAGAAGCCGUGAAUAACAUGACUAUAUCCUUAAGGUGUUUUUUCAACUCAUUGGACGGAUUAGAUCAGUGCUCCCAAUCUAACCACUCCAAAGCUUUCCACAAUACGUCUAAUGUUACCUCUAAACAGAACUACGUUCAACCAGUUGCCUUUAAGAAACUAUCUCAAAAAGACAUAAAUUUCAUUCGCGAUUUAGAACUAUUUAAAUUAAUGAAGACUCAGAAUCAAGUUGUUGAUGAAACUAACGCAUACUUGGUGGAGAGAUCAGGUUCUUACAUUGAAUUCAUCGUUCCAGAAUUCAACCUUAAUGGGACAUCCUCUGCGCCUUUGUCUUUUUUGAAUCCUUCUUUACUAGGAGAUUUGGAUGAAAUAAUUACAAAUUACAAAAAUGAAUUAAAAUCAAUAUAUAGUAGCGUUGACAUGAUCUUACGGAAUUAUGGGUCAUUGCCGACAACUUUUCAUCGAAAUAAGAUCCGAAUACAUUUUCCAAACUCGACCGUGGUGGAGACAGAAAAACUAAUCGCAAGCCUAAAUAUCACUACAGGUAUUAUUUAUGCAGAUGCAUCUCCCGAUAUUAGUCUAGAAGGUGCAAAGUUGAAUGCUCUGGUCAAUGAUGAUAAGUCAACAGGUACGUGGACCUUUAUUGAUGAGCCCCCUUUUCCCGCUAGGAACGCUUUUUCACCUAUUUUAUCGGAGGCAUCUGAUGAUACUUAUGAAUUCGUCUAG